AAUAUCCUUCCAUUCCAAUGGUGGUAAAACUCAAAAAAACCCAAUACUAGGUGUUAGUGUGUGCAACAACGAACGUACGAUAAUCUUUGCUAAAGAGUUAAAAACAAUGUUUAUUUUAUGGACCACGUUCAUCUGUCCUUUUCUGGUCAUCUCAGCCAACCACCUCCGGGGAGCACCGCUUCGAAUAGCGCCGGAGGAGGACGGUAACCUUAAAAUGCACGGCGGCGCACCGUUCAAGAUCGCCCUCUUCGCCGACCUGCACUUCGGCGAGGACACGUGGACGGCGUGGGGCCCGCGUCAGGAUCUCAAUUCCGCUAGGGUUAUGUCUUCCGUACUCGACCAAGAGCAACCAGAUUUUGUGAUUUACCUUGGUGAUGUUAUCACUGCCAACAAUGUAGUGGUUAAAAAUGCAAGCUUGUAUUGGGAUAAAGCAUUGUCACCUACAAGAAACAGGGGAAUACCCUGGUCCACCAUUUUCGGAAACCACGACGAUGCGCCGUUCGAGUGGCCGAUCGAGUGGUUUUCGCAAUCUGGGAUUCCUCAAAUUCAUUGUCCGGACACAAAUUCCCCAUUUCCCGGUUGUGAAGAAUGUGGGUUUAGAGGUACGACGCGUUUGGAGUUGAUGAAAAACGAGAUUGAGCGAAACUCGUUGUCUUACUCGAAGAAAGGCCCUAAAAAUCUAUGGCCUAGUGUUUCGAACUAUGUCCUUAAACUUUCAUCGUCGGACGAUUCUCAAAAAGCCAUGAUUUUUAUGUACUUCUUCGAUUCGGGCGGUGGGUCCUACCCGAAAGUUAUAUCCGAUUCCCAAGUCAAAUGGUUUCAGCGCAAAUCCAAAGAGGUUAACCCUCACGCAAGGAUGCCUGAAAUUAUAUUUUGGCACAUACCGAGCGAAGCAUAUAAAACGGUGGCUCCAAAGUUCGAAACUACUAGCAAGCAUUAUUGCGUGGGCUCGAUUUUCUCGGAGGAUGUUGCUGCACAAGAAGGUGAAAUGGGGAUAAUGAAAGUUCUAGAAGAAAGGCCUUCUGUUAAGGCUGUGUUUGUAGGGCACAACCAUGGAUUGGAUUGGUGUUGCCCGUAUACGAAGAAGCUAUUGUGGCUAUGCUUUGCUAGGCAUAGUGGUUACGGUGGUUACGGAAAUUGGGAUAGAGGGGCGAGAAUUAUUGAAAUUAACGAGCGUCCGUUUUCUCUCAAGUCGUGGAUUACGAUGGAAGACGGACAUUUACACAGUGAAGUCCUCUUGAGUUCUUGAUCAUCAUGUUUUAAAGAUUUCGUAUACUUGGACAGAAAUGUAAUUAAGCCUAUUAUUCCAGACGUUUAACCUAGCUCUGAUAUCAACUGUAAAGAUCGUAAGAUUUUCACAUUGUGUAAUGAGAUGACGUUGCUCGGAAGUAUAUUUGCGACAAGACGUGAUUUGAACUAUUGAAGUUCGUCGAAA